AUGCAAGGCACCGCCCAGUGGCGCAUCACCCUUGGCCUUACCUUCGUCUUCGCCCUUGUCCUCGGUUUCGGCAUGGCCCUGUUCCCUGAGAGCCCUCGCUUCGACUACCGCCACGGCCGCGUUGACACCGCCCGCGAGACCAUGUCUCGUCUCUAUGGUGUCCCCGAAAACCACCGCGUCAUCAUCCAAGAGCUCGCUGAGAUCCAAGCCCAGCUUGACGCUGAAGGUGAUGGCCAGAACUGGACCGAGUUCAUCACCGCCCCCCGCAUGCUCUACCGCCUCCUCCUCGGAAUUGCCCUGCAAGCCCUGCAGCAGCUCACUGGCGCAAACUACUUCUUCUACUACGGCACCACCAUCUUCCAAGGUGCCGGCAUCUCCAACAGCUUCAUCACCCAGGUAAUCCUCGGCGCUGUCAACUUUGGCACAACGUUUGGCGGCCUGUAUGUCGUUGAGAACUUUGGCCGCCGCAAGUCGCUCAUCACGGGUGCAAUCUGCAUGUUCAUCCUCUUCAUGAUCUUCGCCUCCAUCGGCCACUUUAUGCUCGACGUCCAGCACCCGGAGAACACACCCGGCCCCGGAAAGGGUAUGGUCGUCGUCGCCUGCUUCUUCAUCCUCUUCUACGCGACCACCUGGGGUCCGAUGAUCUGGGCCAUUAUCGCUGAGCUGUUCCCUCAAAAACACCGUGCCAAGGGCAUGGCGCUUGCUACCGCGUCGAACUGGCUCUGGAACUUCCUUAUUGGAUUCUUCACACCCUUCAUUACCGGCGCUAUUGACUUCGCAUACGGAUAUGUCUUUGCCGGGUGUCUGGCUGUUGCUGCGCUGGUCGUAUACUUCUUUGUCAUUGAGGGCAAAGGCCGCACACUCGAGGAGCUCGACUGGAUGUACGUGAACAAGGUCAAGCCCUGGCAAAGCAGCAGCUUCCAGAUGCCGCGGAUUCACACCUUUGAGGAUGAGUUCCGCAAUACGCGCAAGGAGGAUGGUGCCGAGCAUAAGGAGAAUGCUUAG